UUAAAUUAGUGUGCUGGCGUAAGGGUGUUGUCCAUUGAAGGAAGAAGACGAGAGAGAAGAGAAACGUCGAAGCACUUUCGAGGCUCCAAACUCUGGGAUCUCUUCUGGUGAAGGCCAUAUUGAACCUACCCUUUUGUCUUUCUCUGCUUAAGAAAGCAAAAAAUCGCAACACCCACCCACCCACCCACCCAUCGUCCAAACUUUUGCAGCUGUAGGACCAAACUAAAACCACCCAUUUUUCUAAACUCUCGAUCUGCUUUCUUUCAAUGUGGUCAUUCAGAUUCUUUUUCUUCGCUAUUCCAUGAAAAUGUAGGACCCAGAAUAGUUUCCCAUGUGUAAAUAGAUAUUGACUCUCAGAGCCUUUUUUGAGAGCGAGAGAGCAAGAGGGAUUUCUGUGUACCUGGAUCGACUUUGAUAGGCUGAGAAAACGCUGGGUUUUGGCGUUUUCUCUACUCGGGCGGUGAUAAAGGAAAAAUAAAAUGGUCGGUGUUCUUUUUUAAGGCAGAGAUUUUAUAUUCUGGAAUCAAAUAUAGGAGACAUUUUAGAUAUAACCUUGUUCUUCAACAUUUGUCAUUUUUGUCGUUGUGCCUGUUUAGAUAGCUUGAAAAUGUGAAGUACCCAUCUUUCAGAAUUGUCUUGUGGAUGGUACUGUUGAAGUGGGAAAGAAAAAAGGAUCAUAAUUAGUCUAUGUAUGAGUUUCGGAUGUAAUUGCACUUUUUAUAACAUGGGUUUUUGUUUCUCAUUUGUGGUUGGUCUGAGAGAAAUUUUAGGUUUUAAGAUUAGAAACAAAGGGUUUUGUGGUGUAUGAGUAGGAUUGGUAAUAUGGUAGAGAAUACCAAAGAAGUGCGUUCAUUGGCCUUAACUCCAACAUGGUCAGUUGCAACUGUGUUGACAAUCUUUGUGGUCGUUUCUUUGAUUGUGGAGCGCUCAAUUCACCGGCUAAGCAACUGGCUGCGGAAAACAAAUCGGAAACCUUUGCUUGCAGCUGUAGAGAAAAUGAAAGAAGAGUUGAUGCUGCUUGGAUUCAUUUCACUCCUUCUAACAGCUACAUCAAGCACAAUAGCCAAUUUUUGCAUUCCAUCAAAGUUCUAUAGCAGUAAUUUUGCUCCUUGCUCUAGGACUGAGAUUGAUGAAGAACCGGAAGAAAACACUUACCAGGGACGUAAAUUACUGUUGCUUUCUGCUUUUCCUCUCUCAGUCCGGAGAAUGCUGAAUAGGUUGGAUCAUAAUACCUGCAAAGAGGGACAUGAGCCAUUUGUAUCAUAUGAAGGUCUUGAACAGUUGCAUCGCUUCAUCUUUGUCAUGGCAGUCACACAUAUAUCUUACAGUUGCUUAACAAUGUUGCUGGCUAUUGUGAAGAUUCAUAGUUGGAGGAUAUGGGAAGAAGAGGCUCAUAUGGAUCGCCAUGAUAUGUUAUCAGACAUCAUGAGAGAGCAGACUUUGCGAAGGCAGACAAACUUUGUCAGAUAUCAUGCAUCAAAUCCUUUGGCCAAGAAUAGUUUUCUUAUACGGUUGACUUGUUUCUUCCGGCAAUUUGGACAUUCAGUGGUUCGCACGGAUUACCUCACUCUUCGCAAGGGCUUUAUCAUGAAUCACAAUCUUUCCAUGAAAUAUGAUUUUCACAGCUACAUGAUUCGCUCUAUGGAAGAAGAAUUCCAAAGGAUAGUUGGUGUGAGUGGUCCAUUGUGGGGAUUUGUUGUUGCUUUCAUGCUAUUUAAUGUAAAAGGGUCUAAUCUCUAUUUCUGGAUGGCCAUCAUUCCUAUCACCCUUGUCCUUUUGGUGGGUACAAAACUACAGCAUGUUAUUGCAACUUUGUCAUUGGAGAGUGCUGGCAUAACUGGAUACUUUGCCGGAACAAAGCUAAAGCCUCGAGAUGACCUUUUUUGGUUCAAGAAGCCAGAACUGUUACUGACCUUGAUCCAUUUUAUUCUGUUCCAGAACGCAUUUGAGUUGGCUUCAUUCUUUUGGUUCUGGUGGCAAUUUGGUUACAAUUCCUGCUUUAUUAGGAAUCACUUGCUGGUGUACAUACGACUUAUUUUGGGUUUUGCUGGACAAUUUCUCUGCAGCUACAGCACCUUGCCUCUUUAUGCGUUGGUUACUCAGAUGGGAACAAAUUAUAAGGCAGCACUAAUCCCACAAAGGAUAAGGGAGACAAUCCAUGGAUGGGGAAAGGCAGCUAGAAGGAAGAGAAGACAUGGAAUUUUCACUGAUGAUUCUACUAUACACACAGACACAAGUACAGUAUUAUCACUCGAGGAAGAUGAUCACCUAUAUCUUAAUGUUCGUGAUACUGCUGCUAGUACACAUACUGAAGUUGAGUUACAGCCAGUUUCUACUAUUUCAAAUAGAACUGUACCAGUUGCUAAUGAAACUUCAAGUAGGGUUGGUACUCCACUCCUUCGACCAUCAGCUUCUAUUUCUUCACCAAAGACAACAAAUCUUUUCGUGGACAGUGUUCCUAGAUCAUCUUCAAUGCCAGCUAGAAGAGAAUGAAGCAGCUUAAAAAAAUGAUGCUUUUUUUAGAGUUACAAUUGGUUGGUUUAGGUUUUGUAGGUAUCAUAUAAAGCAGGAGGGAAAGAAACAAAAAGUGAUGAUAUACUUGGACAAUCUUUUCCUUCCCUCAUUCUUAUCAUGAUCCAUGUAAAAAAUCAAGGUUCAUAGAAUACUUUCAAGUUUUAAGUUAUAGCAUGGGUACACACGCAAGUAGGACAUCAGUAUAUGAGCUUUGCUGCGUCUAAUGUUUGCAGUACAUAAUGUAACUCAGAUUUAGAAAUGAUACUAAUGUGUCAAUGCUUGCCUCCUCAUCAAUAUUUCAGAAUGCAUAAGCUCGCUUACAAGGGAAAAGACUGAAUGAGUUGAUAAAAAAAGGGGAAAGAAAUGGCUACAUUUGUUGGAUUA